AUGAAAGUGGUGCUCCUGGCCUUACGACUCAUGUGUUUUGCUUGCUUGUGGCCUGUAACGCAGCCAAACAGCAGCCACUUCCACAACAAGAGGAGACACAAGGAGCUCGACCUGGGAGACACCAACAAACAAAAACAUGGCGGACGAGUGGACCUCAAGAUGAAAAAGCUCGACAGCACAAAAUCUUUGCUAAUUAAAUCGGAACAGCUGCUUCGAAUCGAGGACCACGACUUUGCGAUGCGGCCAGGCUUCGGAGGCUCGGCUAUCCCUGUUGGCAUUGACGUGCAGGUGGAAAGUGUUGACAGCAUAAGUGAAGUAAACAUGGAUUUCACCAUGACUUUGUACCUGAGGCAUUACUGGCAGGACGACCGACUGGCCUUUCCCUCCAGCAGUAACAAAAGUCGAACCUUCGACUCGCGUCUCGUGAAGAAGAUCUGGGUGCCUGACGUGUUCUUUGUCCACUCCAAGCGCUCUUUCAUCCAUGACACAACCAUGGAGAACAUCAUGUUGAGGGUUUUUCCCGAUGGCAACAUUCUCUACAGCGUCCGGAUUACCGUGACAGCACUUUGUGCGAUGGACUUCAGCAGUUUCCCACUGGACACACAAAACUGCUCUCUGGAGCUGGAGAGCUAUGCAUACAAUGAAAACGACCUCAUGCUCUACUGGAAGAACGGGAAUGAUUCAUUAAGGACUGAUGAGAUUGUGCUCUCUCAGUUUUUUGUUGAAGACUUCCAGCCUUCCUUUGGGCUCGCCUUUUACAGCAGUACCGGUUGGUACAAUCGCCUCUACAUUAAUUUCAUUCUAAGGAGGCACAUCUUCUUCUUCAUGCUACAGACGUAUUUUCCCACCAUGCUGAUGGUAAUGCUUUCCUGGGUGUCUUUCUGGAUAGACAGGAGAGCCGUGCCCGCCAGAGUCUCCUUGGGCAUCACCACUGUGUUAACCAUGUCCACCAUCAUCACCGGCGUCUCCUCCUCAAUGCCUCAAGUGUCUUACGUGAAAGCUGUGGACAUCUACUUGUGGGCCAGCUUCCUCUUCGUCUUUCUAUCCGUGAUCGAGUACGCAGCUGUCAACUAUUUCACCACGGUGGAGGAAAUGAAGAAGCUCAAAAGGGCAAAGAUCCCGGCAUCAUACAACGCAACGCAGGCUAUGGCUUUUGACGGCUGUUUCCAUGACAACGAUAUCGACCUGACCCCUUUCCCCGAGGUUUCCAGCACGCCAAACACGGAGAGGAACACGCAGUCACGAAACUCUACCGUGUCGACGCCCGCAGAGGGCACACGGCUACGCCGCAGGAAUCCUAUCAAACACAACCUCAGCUUCAUCAUGAGCAACAGUUACAUGAUUGACUCCUACUCCAGAGUUUUAUUCCCUCUGGCCUACCUGCUCUUCAAUGUCAUUUACUGGAGUUUGUACGCGUAA